CCUCGGAGCUGCGCGCGCGUGACGGCGGCCGUCGUCCCGCUCGUUAGUGUCAAUGGAUCGAGAACGGUGGGGGAGCAUAUAAGGGGCGACACACCUCUGUUAGACACACACAGAGAGAGAGAGAGAGGGGAGUGAGAGACACAGAGAGAGUGGUGAGAGACACACAGAGAGUGGUGAGAGACACAGAGAGUGGUGAGAGACACACAGAGAGUGGUGAGAGACACAGAGAGAGUGGUGAGAGAUACAGAGUGGUGAUAGACACAGAGAGAGUGGUGAGAGAUACAGAGUGGUGAUAGACACAGAGAGUGGUGAGAGACACAGAGUGGUGAGAGACACAGAGAGAGUGGUGAGAGGCACAGAGAGAGAGUGAGAGACAUAGGGGAGAGACAGGGGCGAGAGAGAGGUGACAGAGAGGAGUGAGAGACACAGAGAGAGAGAGAGGUGGGAUAGAGGGAGGCGAGAGGCAGGAGUGACAGACACAGAGAGUGGUGAGACACAGAGAGUGGUGAUAGACACAGAGAGAGAGAGAGUGGUGACAGACACAGAGAGAGAGAGAGAGUGGUGGGAUAGAGGGAGGCGAGAGGCAGGAGCGAGAGAUACCGAGAGAGUGGGAGACGUGGGGCAGAUCAGGUGGUUUGUGGUGCUUCAAGACAAUCAGCAUCCCACUGUGUCACUGCGCUUCGUGGCUGCGUUGGGCCCACCGUGCAAUUCGGAGGUUUGCGAUGGAGGACUCCCUGCCGUCGUGGGUGGUCCCCUCCAUCAUGCUGUCUCUCUUCGGGAUCAUCAUGCUGCUCGGGCUGCUGGGAAACUCGGCGCUCAUCCGCUACGUGCUCACGCAGAAGCCCCGCCAAGGUCUCAGCCUUCCCCCGCUGCUGUCUGCCGACGGCAACGCAUCGGACGUGCACCUGGUGAGCAUGGCGAUCGGCGACCUGAUGGUGCUGGUCACCUGCGUGCCUUCGGGUGCCAUCUCCUUCCUCUACGACUCGUGGAUGUUCGGGAGGAUCGGCUGCAAGCUGCUGCCCUUCCUGCAGCUCACGUCCCUCGGGAUCUCCGUCUUCACGUUGGUCGCCCUCAGCGCCGACAGGUACAAAGCCAUCGUGAGGCCCAUGGACGAACCGCGUCACGGCCGCUUUAGCUCGACGUGGUUCACUGUGCUGUGCAUCUGGCUGGGCUCCAUCGCCCUCGCCACGCCGGACAGCGUCCUGGCCGACGUUGUGUCGUGGCACGCGUUCAACGCCUCGUCCAACGCCACCGUGGCGGUCACGGUGUGCGUGCCCUUCCCGCACAACGGCACGGCGGUGAUGCGCGCGCACGCCGUGGCGGUGUCGUGCGUGUACUUCGUGGCGCCGCUCACACUCAUCACCGUCUUCUACUGCUUCAUCUCGGCCGAGCUGCUCGGCUCGGCCGCCAGAGUUCCCGGCAACAAUGCGGCGAGGCAAGUGAGCAGCCGCCGACGUCUCGCCAAGACGGUGCUGCUGCUGGUGGCGCUCUUCGCCCUCUGCUCGCUACCCAACCACGCGCUCUACCUCUACCGCGUGUUCCGCGAUCAGUCCCAGCCGGACCUCUCCCCGACCCACAAGGCGUUCUCCCUGCUGUCCCGCGCGCUCAUCUUCGCCAACUCGUGCGUCAACCCGUUGGCGCUCUGCGCCGUCUCCAGCGGCUUCCGUGACCACCUGCGCCAGACGUUGUGUGAACGUCCCGCCACGCGGCGUCCGCUUCUCGCCUGCUGCUGCUGCUGCUGCGAGCGAGGGAGACACGCGCAACUGCGACGGGGUUACAGCACGUCGUCCAGGGUCACGGGGUCAACGCGGCUCACAAUGCAGAGCGUCAACGCGGUGGGCGGAGGGGACGGGCACGCCAAGGCGUACGGCCCCGCCGCCGGUAUUGACGUGGACACUUAAGAGGGUGUGGAGAGGCAUCGUUGCUUUGGACUUGAGAUGAUUCUGGUGCAAGGAGGGACCGGUGUGCGAUUUGCUUUCGGGUUGCGCUGCAUUUGCGAACGCAUGUCACCGCCAGUGUGCAAUAGGGCAAGCCGUGCUCCUGAUGGAUGACCACGAGUCGCCUUGGCUGUGUGGUCGUGCUGAAUUCAUUAUCAUUCCCGAAGCGCUCGCACGCACGCACGCGUGCCUGCUACAGAUGAUUUUUGUCGUUUUUAGUUUGUUGUCCUUCUCCCGCACCUCCGAUUUGCACGGUUUGGCUACGCACGGUGCGAAAGAAGUUCAACAUGCAGACGUACGCACACGUGUUGGAUACGUACGAGGCAGGAACUGCAGCGGUGACCCUCUUGUACAAGAGGGCAAGACAUAUUGGGGUGUGGCUGCUUUCAAAGAUUCCGUGAGCUACCCUUGGACUGUGUGAUCGUGCCGAUCUCAAAGUUGUUCUUAAGCACCGUACACAUGUACACACGCACAUUUGUGUUUUAUAUACUCAUUU